AUGAUGAGCUAUCUAAGCUCGCUGGUGUGGUGCUUUCUUAUCUUGGUUGUCUCGGUCGCCACAGUUCGAAUUCAUGGCCAGCCGAGCACCGAGGAUUUUAUAAGCAUUGAUUGUGGUCUCGCCGAUGGACAUAGCUACGUCGACGAGCUUACAAAAAUACCGUACACCUCAGAUGCCCAAUUUAUAGAGGCUGGGACAAACUACAACAUUUCCAGAGAUUACUUGUCAAGCUCACUUCCAGAACAUCAAAGGAGCCUUAGAAGCUUUCCAACUGGAGAACGGAAUUGCUACGCACUAAAGUCUCUCGUGCAAGGUCAGAAGUAUCUUCUAAGAGCAACCUUCAUGUAUGGAAAUUAUGAUGGCCAAAAUAGUGCACGUGAAGACAAACCAAUACAGUUUGAUCUCCAUAUCGGCGUCAAUCUCUGGAAAUCAAUGAAGAUAGUUGAUGCAUCUACUGUUACUCCAACUGAGGCUAUUACUGUUGCUUUGGCCGACUACAUAUCGGUUUGUCUGAUAAAUAAGCAAUCUGGAACUCCUUUUAUAUCCUCGCUGGAGUUGAGGCCACUGAAGACUAGCAUAUAUCCAGCCGCGAAUGCCUCUAUUUCUCUUGUUCUUCUCAAGAGGUUUAACAUGGGACCAACUGAUGGGCUAAUAAGGUACCCAGACGACGGACACGAUCGCAUUUGGAAGCCCUUCGAUUACUCGUCCGCUCUGAAAGAGAUAUCAACAAACUUAACGGUGCACAGCCAUCCGGACGAUCUCUUCGAGGCGCCUUCGGCCGUCCUCCAGACCGCUCUCACACCGGUAAACGGUUUGGUGCUACGCCUCGGUUGGGAUCCGAAACGCGAGGAUAUCCUUCCGGAAUGCCAUAUCAUCAUGCAGUUCGCCGAAAUCCAGUCCCUCGGGCCGAACGACUCGAGAACAUUUGAUAUCUACCUGAAUGGAGACCCGUUCUUCGACACGUACCUCCCGAUCUACCAGAUAUCAGAUUCCGUGUACACCACCGUACCCUAUACUGAAUACGAGUACAACAUCUCUUUAAAAGCGACGAAGAAUUCCACCCUUCCCCCGAUCAUCAAUGGGCUGGAGAUCUAUAAGGCCAUGCACCUCCCAGAGCUAUCAACGGACAGCAGAGACGUUGAUGCCAUUAUGGCAAUCCAGAUGGAAUAUCCAGUUCAGAAAAAUUGGGCGGGCGAUCCAUGUGUUCCAAGAGCUUACGCGUGGGAAGGCUUGAACUGUAGCUAUAUUGUCUCUGUUCCGCCAAGGAUCAAAACACUAAACCUCUCUUCCAGUCGAUUGAGUGGUGCCAUCUCCUCUUCUUUUUCCAAGCUUAAAGCAAUCGAGACUCUGGAUCUGUCUUACAACAACUUAACAGGGACGAUACCUGGUUUUCUAGCGGACAUAUCAUCCCUCCAACUGCUAAAUUUGAGAGGUAACCAAUUGACUGGACCAGUUCCUGCUGAUCUCCUAAGAAAAUCAGAGGAGGGUUCGCUUAUAUUGAGAAUUGAUGGCCCAAAUCCAUGCAUCAAUGAGAGUACAUGUGGCACUGCUUGCAACAAUAAUAAUAAGAAGAAGAUCACUACCCCAAUUAUCAUGAUUAUCUCAAUAGGUGUGGUGGUGCUGCUAGUGGUCGUGCUUAUUGUGUGGAUAACAAGAAGAAGGCAACAAGAUUUUGCCAUGGAUUCCUCUGUGAGGCGACCGUGUGAAGAUCGCACUGAACGAAAUGUAGACUGUAAAGACCAUCAACUGAAACUUGAGAGCCGACAAUUCACAUACAAAGACUUGGAGAACAUAACUAAUAAAUUUGUACGAAUCAUUGGCCAAGGAGGAUUUGGGAUUGUUUAUCAUGGCUUCUUAGAAAAUGGUGUCCAAGUUGCAGUCAAGCUUUGCUCUCAGUCAUCAUCACAAGGGACCAAGGAAUUUCUGGCUGAGGCCCAGAGCUUGACAAGGGUUCAUCACAAGAACCUGGUAACUUUUGUCGGCUACUGCAAGGAUGAGAAUUACCUGGCACUCAUCUAUGAUUACAUGUCUCAAGGAAGCCUUCGAGAUCAUCUAAGAGGCAAAGCUGACCUGGGCAGAAUCUUGAGUUGGGGAGAGCGACUCCAGAUUGCAGUUGAAGCUGCACAAGGGCUGGAGUAUCUGCACAAGGGAUGCACACCUCCAAUAAUUCAUAGAGAUGUGAAAACCAGCAACAUCCUCUUGGGUGAAGGACUGGUUGCUAAAAUAGCAGAUUUUGGGCUGUCCAAGUCUCUCCUCAGUGAUUCUCACACUCAUGUAUCCACGGAGAUGGUGGUUGGCACCCCAGGAUAUGUUGAUCCUGAGUACCAUAACUCCUACCAGCUCAAUGAGAAGAGUGAUGUUUAUAGCUUUGGGGUGGUUCUUUUGGAGCUGAUUACAGGCCAUCCUCCCAUUACACCAGGCCCAGGGAAGGCUUACAUAGUUCAACGGGUGGCCUCAAAGCUUGCCAGAGGGAACAUAGAAGAUGCUAUGGAUGCAAGGCUGAAGGGAGAGUAUGAUGCCAAUUCUGUCUGGAAAAUCGUGGAUUUAGCGAUGAAAUGUACGGCACAAUUCUCCACCCAGAGACCAACAAUGUCUGAUGUUGUGAUCCAGCUGAAAGAAAGCUUGGCACUGGAGGCUGCUCGAGAGAGGAGUGAAAGCUUACACAGUGAAGGCCUCGACGUAAGCCCGAAUGCUGCAUUUGAACUAGACCGAAACAAGUUGAUGUCAGUUGGUCCAUCUGCGAGAUAAGAGUGAUCUUACCAUCUCCUCCUCCACCCUGUGCUUGUGAGGUCAGAUGUUUCAGAUGGUUAUGGGUGCAUGUUUGGUAAUUAGCGUGGCAUUGAGUAUACUUUGUGGUUAUUGUGUAUAAUAAUGGUCUGUGUGCUCCGAAAACCCAAACAUAACUUGCCUGAAUUCUAGUGGUGCUGUGGUAUGUAAUGAUUACUGUUUUCUUUCCUGAACUGAAUUCAUGGGUGUAAUCAACUGUGCUAGUCUGGAUUUUGUCUUACUGAAAACUGGGUAUAUAUAACAUUAUGGGCACUAA